CACAUGAGUACCCCUCCUAAAUACCCGGACAAGUUUCAAGGGUAUGUCCAACCCAGUUUUGGAGCGGCCGUUCUUCUUCUGCGGAAUCCUUACCAUGCCCUGCUGGCCGAGUGGAACCGACAGAAGAGUAACAAGACCCUCAGUGCUGAUGCACUCAACACUACCAUUGGUGUUGCUGCACACAUUGCUAUUGGGGAUCAGAAGACCUUUGGU